GCACUAUGUAGGGUACACUAUAGAGUACACACUACGUAGUGCACUUCCUACAGGACCAGUGUGGAAUUUUUAUAUUUUUUUCUGUCUUUGCAGGACAGUUUCACAAAAAACUACAAUAUCUCUAGAACUGUUUUGACAUAAUUGUUUGCAAAAAAUGUAGUGUUUAUCAGUUGUCUCAUGGGAAACUGGAUAUUCUGUAAAAAUAUCUAAAAACACACACAGAGAAAAGGAGGAGGGUCCAGUCGCUUACGUUAUAGCAGCUAUAAACACUCGUUCCCUCACCAGCCUCUUUAUUCUCUCUCUCAAGUUAAUAGGAGAAAAAAAUCGCAGCUUGUUCCGCAUGUUACUGAGAAACCGCAAAGAAGCGUAAACUCCUCUGUCCUGAAGACGUCGGAAAACUUACAGUUCCAGCUUUACCUCUGACUGUUACAAAGCGCUGACACUGGAGACUCCUUCCAUCAGUGUUACAUAAACACAUUUCUCCUUUAAAUUGUUUUUUUUCCCUGUGAAUAAGCCGUUACUAUAGAAACAAUAACGAUUUAGAGCAAGUGCAUUAAUAUAAACCUGCGAUUUGCAGCUGCGCUACUGUCAGAGCUGCUGUUAUAGAAAAUUAACCAACACCUUCUGACCAAUCACAAUCCAGGAUUCAACAGCACGUGGGAUGUAAAUGAUAAGAGUGUGUUCUAAUAAUCUAUAAACAACACACACACACCCACCCACACACACACACACACACACACACACACACACACACACACACACAGCUCAUUGUUCCCAUUAAAGGAAAUGUGGUGUUUCAUGAUAAAGUGUUGUAAAGUGCUGUUAAAUAGUGGAGUGUGUGAAGAGAGGAUCAGUGUGUGUGUGUCGUCUCAGCAGGAGAAACACAGCUUGAAGAAUGUUCCUCUUCCUCUUCCUCUUCCUCCUCGUUUCUCAACACUCCAUGGUAACAACCAGCAGUGGUUGCUACAGCGGCAAGAACAAAGACCACCGCCCUCUUGUGAGCUGUGAGAGCCAGGGUCUCAGCGCACUGCCGGAUGGGAUAGAUCCUGGAACAGAGGUACUCGUCCUCUCACACAAUGAGUUUGUCUCUCUCUCCUGGGCCGCCUAUUCCAACUUCACAGGCCUGCACGAGCUGAACCUGACCCAAAACUUGAUCAGCACCAUCGAUCAAUCAGGUCCUGUGCUGAAAAACCUGAGUGUAUUGUGGCUGUCUAAUAACAAGCUGACUAGUUUGGGCGGAGCUACAUUUAAGUCCGCCCCUUCUCUCAAGGAGGUCUAUUUGGAUGGAAACACCAUCCGUUCCCUUGACAAUGCGACCUUCAGUGACCUGCCACUCCUAGAGAUCAUUGACCUUUCACGUAACAAGCUGCACAUCCUGCCCCCCCACCUGCUGGAGCACAUUUCCUCCAACAGCCUGAAGACAUUUGACCUGGAAGAGAAUAAUAUCCAGCACCUUCCUGAUCAAUUUUUUGCUUCAAAAGAUGAAAUACCGUAUGUCUACCUUUCCAAAAAUGCCUGGGUUUGCACCUGCCAGGUGAGUUACCUGCAGCGCUUCCUGGAGGAUCAGAGCUUUAACAUUUACAUACAUACAGGACUCUCCAGUUUGGAGAAUGACCCUGAGAGCGUGGUGUGUUCUGCUCCGCCCACACUGGAGGGACGAGCUAUAGUGGACCUGAAGGAGGAGGAGUACUGCAGCUCAUUUGACUACUCACAACACUCCGCCGGUCACACAACUCAAAUAACGAGUGCAACAACCACAGCACUGACCACAAAGACCAUCCAACCAACAGUUAUCCCAACAACUACACCAACAACCGUUCAACCAACUACAACAAAUUCUGCUGGGUCCAGUACUACUCCUAUUCCAACUAGACUAACAAUCAAUAACCCAACAACUAUUACACCACCAACCACUGAACCAACUACACCAAUAAGCACUAUACUAACAACUACUACGCCAAGUACUACACCAACAACCAUUCAACCAACCACACCAACAACUUCUAUACCAACAACUACACCAACAACCGUUCAACCAACCACACCAACAACUUCUAUACCAACAACUACACCAACAACCGUUCAACCAACCACACCAACAACUUCUAUACCAACAACUACACCAACAACCGUUCAACCAACCACACCAACAACUUCUAUACUAACAACUACACCAACAACCGUUCAACCAACCACACCAACAACUUCUAUACUAACAACUACACCAACAACCGUUCAACCAACCACACCAACAACUUCUAUACUAACAACUACACCAACAACCGUUCAACCAACCAUACCAACAACUUCUAUACCAACAACCACUGAGAAAACUACACCAACAACUACACCAACAACCGUUCAACCAACUACACCAAAGACUGCUGGGUCCAGUACUACUCCUAUUCCAACUACACUAACAACCAAUAACCCAACUAUUAAGUCAGUUACCAUGGUGAUAAUGCCAACAGGACGGGUUCUCUCAGUGCACGGGGGUGGCCAGCGCUCAGUGCCGUGGUGCUGGUGGUUAUUUAUCACUGUUUUGCUGCUGUGUAUUUUCUCUGCCAUUUUCUCCUGCAUGCUCUUCCUCUGGCUCAUCAUCACUUACAUCACACUUUACCAACCAAUCAAACGGCAAGUCCACAGCGGCGCAGGAGUGACCCUGAGGGCGUACCAGGUCACAGCAGACCAGUCACUGACAGUGGACAGACCUGAGGAACAGAGAGUGCUGUUUUUGCCCCCGGAGAUGAUACGAGAAACUCAGCCAGUGUUCCGUUCUGUGCUGUUCAUCUCAAAAGGAGAUGAAGACGGUGAAGCAGAUGAGAAGAGAGAGGGAACGAGGGAUGAGGAUGAAGAAAAGACAAUACAAACUGAUGCACUGACUAAAAUAGACCUGCUGCCGGCAGUGACUCUGCACAGAGAGCAAGUGACAGAAUCCAAAGACAGGAAGGAAGUGUUCAGGAAAACUUUAUACAGGGUGAUAAGCCGAGAGGAAGAGAUAGAAGGAUGGAAGGAAGUGGAGGAGAACUGCUGGGGGAUGAUGGAGAGAGACAAAGGGAGAAGAGAGGGAGGAGUAGAGAGAGGAAAGACACGGUACAGCCUGAUCCUCAGAGAGGAGAGAGGGAGUGUGAUGGAGGACAGGAAAGGAGAGACAGAGUGGCUGGUGGGUGAGUGGGAGAUGGGAGGAGGAGGACAGGGAAGCUGGGGAUCUCUAAUUAGGAUGAAAGAAGGGUGUGGUCUUUCUGACUCCGCCCACAUGGACACACCUGAGCCAGUGGCAGAGACACCAGUCUGAGUUCCUUACUGUAAUGAGGUCCUCACAGCUGAAUGUGUACUGCAACUUUUUUUUAAAUAUAUAUAUUGUUUUCUAAUUUUGUUGCUUUGAAGAGAAUUACACUGUUUUGUGUUUUGCUUGUGUUUUUUAUAGAAGUACUCACUUUUGUUUCUUUAAUGUAGUCAAAUUGCGUCAUGUGUGUCCAUAUUUAAUUCUGUAACUGUUACUUAGGGAGAAAUUACUGAACAAUAAGAACAAAAACUUUUCCCUAAUUCUUGAAUUCUUGUAAUCUUUUGUAUAAAUUUAACUUUUUGUAAAUAGAUCUUAUAUCAGUUGCAUUUUAUUAUGUAGAGUUGAGACUAUACAUGACCGAGACACAAAGUAAAGACAUUUCCAUGCCCUCAACUUGUGGAAAAACUCGGAGUGAGGUGAGAUUAUAGUUUCACCUACAGCGCUAAUGAAACAAGCAGGAAACAGACAACAGCAAAAUCAGCAUGUAAAGGAGCUAUAAAUCCACAUCGGCGGCUGCGUUUACACGCACAUCGAAUUCUGUUCAAGAUCUAUGUUCAAGUUGCAGCCGUAUUCCGAAUACAAUGUCUAUAUGCCUACAGUCAUCAGAUUAUUCCUGUGUACAUGGUCGUUGUAAGUUUGCCUGAGUUGCCAUUCCUAAAUACCUAGCCUACAGCUAAGCGUCUGUUAGCACCCACAAUUCCUUGCAGACUGAGCAUGUGCACAUAUCUCCUUCCAGUGGAUGUUAUGAAUAAGGUGUUUACAUGCAACACAUUUUUGAUUAAAACAGGAAUAUUCCAGGGAUGGGAAUCAGAAUUUGGGGAAUCAGAAUGUUGUCUUAAUCUGAAUUGGACUAUAAUCAGAUUGUGGUGUUUACACGCAUGACUCGGUACUAAUUAUUAUUAAUAUCGGAAUAUUGAUGUGCAUGUAAACGUAGUCAGUGAUCAGCACAUCAGCACAUCCCCUGCACACCUGGCAAAUUAAAGAGUUCUAUGUCAGGAAGCCUCUGUAAUUAAAAAAUUUAAAAAAAAAAUUUUAAAAAGGCAAAACAUUUUAUUUAGAAUUUAACCUUUUCUCCUGAAAAAAAAAAAAAUCAUUUUUUAACUCCACACUGACUGCUAAAGCUUUCACUGUGUUCACACACAUUACAUCUCUAAUCAAUCUUUUCAUUUUUAAAAGUAACGGUAAUAAUUAAUAACAUUGGGAUCAUAACGUAUUGGACUAUAACUACACUCACCGUCCACUUUAUUAGGAACACCUGUAAACCUGCACAUUCAUGCAGUUAUCCAAUCAGCCAAUCAUGUAGCAGCAGCAGCAGCACAAUGCAAUCAGCCAAUCAUGUGGCAGCAGCACAAUGCAAUCAGCCAAUCAUGUGGCAGCAGCACAAUGCUCAUGCAGGUGCAGGUCAAGAGCUUCAGUUAAUGUUCACACCAGACAUCAGCAUGAGGAAGAAGUGGGAUCUCAGUGACUGUAACCGGGGACAGAUGAGCUGAGUAUUGGAGUAUUUCAGAAACUGCAGAUCUCCUGGGAUUUUCACUCACAGAUUCACUGCGGGGAUUAUUAACUCCUGCUCCUCUUGUAAAGCGGUGUUUUAUACAGGCAGCGGUGAAUGUUAGACAUUAAUGAAGGACCCUGAUGCAGGAGGACGGAAGCGUUCAGUAACCAGAGAAAAGCUGAAAACACGAAGAGUAGCAGUGGGAUUAACAGUAAACUGCAGUAUGAGGGAAGGGUUCACUGUUCGCCGAUUGAUCGAUGCUAAGGGUCCACGAUGACGUCACGAUACUGGACGUUUAAUGACUGUUUAUAAUCUGUACAUAUUCGACCGUAAUGGAACCUGCCUACACUACAGCGAGUGGAACCGCAAAAAACAGGCUGGGAUCUCUAAAGAGGAGGAAUUAAAGUGGUGAUGAACACGGAUCUGGGAGUUCCUAACUGCAGAGACGUCCUGCAUCAGAUCUACAGCACGGUCUAUGUGGAGUGUAUAGUGAAGAACCCGCUGUGUGAGCUUGGAGGAACUCUACAAAGUGAACUGUUCUCCAGCAGACUCGACUCAUUCAUCAGAGCGCUGCCUUUCUUCAGUGUCCGUGCCGCAUAAACACUGUGUGUGUGUGUGUGUGUGUGUGUGUGU